CUAGCUCUAGCUAAGCUGUAAUAUGCUCGCUGCUAGCUUCUCCUUCCCCGGGAGGAGUAGAGUAGUCGCCGCGGCUCAUAGCGGCGGAGGGGUUCGGCUGAGCUUUACCGGCUGCAGCGCUAGCGCCGUGUCCGGCCGGGCGGCGGCCACCGCCGCCAUGGAGCCCGACGGCGCCGGGGGAGAUCAGCUCGACCUCAACCUCUCCCUGCAGCCGUCGCAGCAGGCCGCGGACGAGCCGCCGGGGUACUUCACCUGCACCUACUGCGACAAGAAGUUCUACUCCUCGCAGGCGCUGGGCGGACACCAGAACGCCCACAAGUUCGAGCGCAGCGUCGCCAAGCGCACCCGCGAGCUGGCCGCGGCGCGCCGGCAGGCCGACGAGGAGGCGCGCAGAGGGAAGGAGCCGGCGGCCGGCAAUGCCUCCCGGGGCUCCGCGGGGAGCUCCUCCUACCGGAGGGCGUCGCCGGAGGCUCGCCGGGACCUCACCGAGGAGAUCGACCUCUCGCUGAAACUAUGAUUAAUGAAUUUUCUCGGCACCGGCUAGCGGCUGGAUGCCUGCAGGAUGUAUAUGUUCUUGUCACUGCUUGAAAUCAUAUGAUCAAUGAAUGAAUUAAUCCCGUCCUGGUCCCGUUUUCGCCAAUUCUCGUUCACAUUUAGCUUCUCUU